CGCACUUGAUCAGAUUUACUCACUUAUUUUCGUUGUAGUGCUUCCGGUAUGCCAUAUCAACAUGUAAACAAUCUAAUUUCUUCCCUUUUUUUGAGGACUCAGAGAAAAUAUUUCUACUGUUCGGUGUGAGAAAUGGGAGCAUUCAACAGUCAGAUAUUGGUGGCCGAGACCAAAGCAUGUACCAGACACACAGAUCCCAAAAAGGCAAAUUGGAUCACUAUACAUGCUGUGGCUUCUGAAUUGAGUAUCGCUGAAGUGGAGAGACUGUGGCUGAGAUUUAAGCAGCUGGGAUGCACUGAUAAAGGGGAAUUGUCUGAGGAAGCUUUUGCUCAGCAUCCAGUCCAUCAAGAUGCCUUUUCACGAAAUAUAGUAAAGAAGUUUAUAAACCCACGGACAAAAACAAUCUCCUUUGAGAAUUUUCUCCGAGGGUUAAAAUGGUGUGAAACUUCCAACACGGAGAACAAAAUUAGAGGUGUGUUCCGGAUGUUGAACAAUGGCAAUAAUUUACCAAAGGACAUUUUCAGAAAAAUCAUAGAGAGAGUAUACGUCCAGCCAGAGGAUAAAGGGAAUAUUGAUCGGGUAGUGAACACAUUGUACCAGUUUAUGGAUCCAGAAAAUAAAGGCACUAUAAAUGAAGAAAAUUUUGUAAGAGGCUGUCUCAAAAUUCCACGACCUUUACUAGAGGAAGCCUUGAACUUUGAACUUCUCCCAUCGCAGAUGAGACAGGAACUUCAUAGUAAACUCCCAGAGUUUGGCAGUUCAGAUCCAACCCCAGGACCCCCUAGAAGUAAUGUUGGGGGCCCCGUUCCAGAUGACAAGCAACUGCAGAAGGUAGCAGUGAAGAUUUACAACAAGGACUGGGUCAGGCUCGCCAACACACUGGACUUUGAGUUAGACGAUAUUGAGGAGUUUAGAUCAAAUAGCACGGACCAACGGCAACAGGUUUACGCUAUGUUGAAGAGUUGGAAAAAUCGUGAGGGAAGUCGGGCACACUCUUCAAUUCUCGCCCAAGCUCUCCGAGAAUGUCGAAUGGAUGAUGCUGCAGCUCUGCUGACAUAGUGAACAUUUCUUCAGUUAUAUUCUGUUUUAAACGAGAAUGACAUGUAUCACACAUCAUUAAUGAUUCAGUAUGUGUUCGGAGCAAUCUGCACAAUAGUAUGUUGAAUGCAUGUUUUGUUACCGUCCAUUCAUUUUAUACAAAUAAUAUUAAUUUUUUUUUUUGUUAUUCUUAAAAUUGUCAUUCUUGCAUGAAGGAAGAUUAAAACUGAUGUGAUCUUG